CAAAGAUUCUUAAGCAUUUUAUAUUUUCUUGAAAAAAUACAGACACCUGCCAGUGGUUAUCCGGGUGCCAUAGAUGAUCUUAUAUUCUCUGGAGCCGGUUCUGGUUGUCGUGGCGAUGAUGAAGAUGAAUGUACACCACCAUUUGAAUCGGGCAGUGGUGAUGAUCUGAUAACUCCAGUUUAUGUGCCACCUACCAAACAGACUACAACCUCACAAAAUGUCAGUACUGAUAAGAAUAAUAAUGGCACCGAGCGGGCUUGUGAUGACGAGGAUUGUGUACAUGGAUCUGGAGACUACGGUGAGACAACUGAACAAUUUACAUCCACCAGUACAGCGAAGAUAAUAGAAACCAAUAAUGAAAUUAUAUCAACUACUGAUGGUUCAUCAAGACGUACUGAAGUUGCUGUUACUACAGAGCAACAACACACCACUAGCACUGCUGUUGCCAAAACAGAGUUGCAAACAAACACACCACGAGAGAUAGCUACCACAACUAGCGGCACCAUAUAUUCGCCACGUCAAACAACAACACAAUUUUCCCCACCCACAACAACCACUCAACGUAUAACAACAACCACAACUACAACAACUACAACCACACAAGCAACACCACCACCAGAAAUACGUUCUACUGUCACAGAGCAUGAUACGACCACUUACGAUAUAGUACAUGUUUUCAGUGGUGGAAACGGUGACAAGCAUGGUGAAGAUGAAAAUUUAAAUAUUUAUAAUGGUGAACACACUUUGACACCGGAUGAACGCCCACUACCGCCAGCUAUACCACCAUAUGAACCAGAAUCUGGUGUGCCACCGUAUUAUCCAGCCAUACCGCCACCUCAACCACCAUAUGGCAAUAAUAAUUAUCGGCCAAAGGGUAAAGGUGGUCGCAUUAACUCGAUUGAAGAAGAACGUACUGCCAUGAUUAUUGGAAUUGUAGCUGGUAUUUUAAUAGCAGUCGUAUUAGUUUUCAUACUGGUGUUCUGGUUGAAAUCUUAUGGUGAUCGUGGUUACAAACCAGAGAGUGAAAAAGCUACUGCAUACGGUUCACACAAUCCAAAUGCAGCAUUGCUGGGUUCUACUGGUUCAAAAGGUUCCUAUCCACGUCAGAGUCAUCAUCAGCAGUCAUCUCAACAAUCACUGACCAAUGGGCAUAAUAUGGGUAGUAGUGGUGGUAACGGUAGCAUGAUGGGUAACAUGGGCUAUGGUGGUAUGGGUACUAGUAUGGCUGUUGGGAACGUAGAUGGUCGACCACAAAUGGCUGGUUUAGUGCAACCAAAGCCAAAGAAACGAGAUUCAAAAGAUGUCAAGGAGUGGUAUGUGUAAAUUGUAGAUUUGACCGCUAUAUAUAGGUCAUGUACUAUGUACUCUUAAACAAAUAAGUCAAAUUAGCAAUAAUUAAAAGUAAAGGAUAUGCAAAUACUCGAGUUACAUUUUAGGACAAAUAACAGAUAU